AUGUUGGCUGAAACUUUGGAUUACCUUAACAAAAGAAAAAAUAUGAAUAAGGCAUUUACUUUCGAGAUUAUUAUUGUAAAUGAUGGCAGUAAAGACCAUACAAGAGAGAUUGCUCAGAAAUAUUCUAAAAUGGAAGGUUCGGAUACUGUCCGUGUCAUAUCCCUUAGUAGAAACCGUGGAAAGGGUGCAGCUGUCAGAAUAGGAAUGCUUUCAGCACGUGGUCGUAUACUGUUGUUUGCGGAUGCUGAUGGAGCGACUCAGUUUUCUGAUAUUGAAAAGUUAGAAGAAGCUUUGUCAUCGUCAAUAGCUAAUAGAUGGAAUGGUGGUAUGGCAGUUAUAUGUGGUUCUAGAGCACAUUUAGAAGAACAAGCAAUUGCUAAACGUCAUCCACUAAGAAAUUUACUUAUGUAUGGAUUUAAAUUGUUUGUUUGGCUUGUUUGUGUUCGUGGAGUUCGUGAUACCCAGUGUGGAUUUAAAUUAUUCAGUAGACCUGCUGCUCGUGUACUAUUUCAUAAUUUACAUGUUGAACGUUGGGCAUUUGAUGUAGACCUCUUAUAUUUAGCUAAACAUUUUGAAAUGAAUAUAGUUGAAAUACCUGUUCAUUGGAAAGAAAUUCCAGGAUCAAAAUUGGUUCAAUUUUCUCAUGGAUUCAAAUGGCUAAAGAUUUACUCAUGA